AUGAAGGACGCGAACCCCAGGAUUAUACGGUGGUACCUCUCCCUCCAACCCUACGACUUCCGGGUGUUCCAUCGCCCUGGAGAAGCCCCUAUAGGGAGAGCGCCGGCCGAGGACCAGCCUGAACUCCUGAAGCGACCGGGAACCGAGGCCUCUCCAGGCCAGUGCGAAGCCCCACUGCGGGAGGAACCAGAGGAGGCAACCGACUCUGAGACUCGCAGCGAACCAGGGGACCCAUGGGAGACCCCAACGGCUGAGCUGGUUGGAAGCGACCCUGGGGCAGUGACGGACUGGUAUCUCGGCCCCGGGCGCCACAGCCUGGCCGUGCUCAUCACAACCAUCACCCACGAAGACGGGACCUAUCACUACUUCAUGAUCGCCCAGGUGGAUGAUGUUGAGGUCCUGUACUACAGCAGCGACACGCGAGAGGUCAGAACCACCCAGGAGUGGGCAGAACAGGCCCUGGGCGCUGAGUAUCUCCAGGAAAAGACCCUGGAGUUCUGGGGGCACGAGGAGGACUCGAAAGUCCUCACCACGAGGUGGAUGCAGCUGCACAACCAGACGGGCGGGAUUCACACUGAGCAGCUUCACGUGGGUUGUGCGCUGAGCGGCCAGGCCCCCGUGGACCCGAGGUUCCAGUACGCCUACGAUGGGAGGGAUUUCCUCAGCUUUGACAACCAGACGGGGACGUGGGUUGCAGAUGUGCAGCUGGCUGUCCCCGAGAAGCAGCGCUGGGAGACGGCGGGCAAGACCUGGACUCAGUACGUCCAGUGGCUCUUGCAGUCCGAGUGCCUGGACCUCCUGCGGCGCCUGUUGCAGCGGGGGCGGGCGGUGCUGGAGCGGCAGGCCCCUGGGAAGAAGGGCCCCCUGCACCCCGGGGUCCUGGCCGCCAUCGUCCUGGCUGUGCUGGUUCUGGCUGGUGGAGCCGUAGGGGCCGGCGUCAUCCUGUGGAGGAGAAAAUCAGCAGGCCCCUACACUCUGGCAGCCAGUGAGUAA